AUGCCUAACUACUCCUCCAAGUUCCACGGCCACAACAUAGCCGCCUUCUCCUCUCGCAGAUCCGCCAUUUUUCUUGUUCUCUCCGCCUUUCUCCUAAGCAUCGCCACUUUUCUCUUUCUCCGUCCAUUUCAGGGAAACCGCUGUCUCAACUCCAAUCCGAGAUCAGUUAAAAUCGUUUGGGAACAUUCCACCGCCGCUGGAACUCAUGACCUUCCCAAUCGGCAUAAGGUUAUGGGUUUUGUGGGGAUUCAGACCGGAUUCGGAUCUGUUCGGAGGAGAGAAUCGCUCAGAAAGACGUGGUUCCCGUCCGAUCAACAAGGACUUCAACGCUUGGAAGAAUCUACUGGAUUGGCUUUUAGGUUUGUCAUUGGUAGAACAAGUGAUAAUUCCAAGAUGUCUGCACUUAAAAAUGAAGUAGUUGAAUAUGAUGAUUUCAUUCUCUUGGAUAUUCAAGAGGAGUACAGUAAGCUCCCAUACAAAACGUUAGCUUUCUUUAAAGCCGCUUAUGCUCUUUUUGAAGCCGAGUUUUAUGUCAAAGCUGAUGAUGACAUAUAUUUAAGACCUGAUCGUCUUUCAUUACUGCUGGCAAAAGAGCGAUCUCAUACUCAGACUUACAUUGGAUGUAUGAAAAAAGGACCUGUUUUCACUGAUCCAAAACUCAAAUGGUAUGAGCCACUAUCACAUUUACUUGGAAAGGAAUAUUUUUUCCAUGCUUAUGGUCCUAUAUAUGCUCUUUCAUCUGAUGUUGUUUCAAGCUUGGUUGUUCUUCGAAACGAUAGCUUCCGGAUGUUCAGCAAUGAAGAUGUUACGAUUGGAGCUUGGAUGCUCGCAAUGAAUGUCAAACAUGAGAACAAUCUUGAACUUUGUGCUACAGACUGUACAGCCACAUCUAUUGCUGUGUGGGAUAUUCCCAAGUGUUCAGGCCUGUGUAAUCCAGAAAAGAAAAUGUUGGAGCUCCAUCAAAAGGAGAGCUGCUCUCAGAGUCCAACGCUUGAAUCUGAUGAUGAUUAA